AUGAGCAAAUGUAGGUUUAUACCGCCCUUUCACUCCUUGGGUACGGAUGAUUGUGGUCUGACCAGUGCCCAGUCACCGUUUCAGGCUGUGAUCUCCUCAAGGCUGCAUGGUGAUGCCGUGGCGAUACACAUACCCAUCGCGAAACGAAGAACCGGCCCGUAUCCACUGGUCCAUUAUGAUUCCCCGUCCCCUCACCAGUCAUCUCAGAACCAAAUUCGUUCUGGCGCGGCCGAGUCGAUGAAUGGAUGCUUAUUCCCAUCACUCUCAGGGCGGAGAGGCCAUGUCGUGUCGUGGACGUUGAUCGUCAAGGAAGAAACUGCACGCCAAACGUCGAUAGAAGUCUUCCCCACCUGCCGCACACUCCCGCCUGCCGUAUAG